AUGCAAUUUGUUUACCUUCUAGCGGGUUGGGAGGGGUCUGCAGGUGAUUCCCGCGUGCUACGCGAUGCUAUUACCCGUCCAGGCAGUUUUAAGGUUCCGCAAGGUUGUUACUACUUGUGCGAUAGCGCCUAUGCGAAUAGCAAUGGUUUUCUAACGCCAUAUAAAGGCGUAAGGUACCACCUAAACGAAUGGGGUCAGGGCAAUGCAAUGCCCCAGGACCCUAAAGAGCUUUUCAAUAUGAGGCAUACUCGGGCAAGGAAUGUAAUUGAGCGAGCUUUUGCUGUUUUAAAAAUGCGGUGGGGAAUCCUUAGAAGUGCUUCGUAUUACCCAAUCAAGAUACAAAUACGUCUAAUCAUGGCAUGUUUCUUAUUGCACAAUUUUAUACGCCGAGAGAUGGCAACUGACCCUGUUGAGGCUGAACUAGACGAAGAAACUUGGGAAUACGCUGCAGAUGAAGAAAUUGCAGCACAAGAUUAUGUCGGAGGGGUUGAUCCCAGCGCUGAAUGGACCCAAAAACGCGAGGCCUUAGCUACUCACAUGUGGAACAACAGAUAG